GGAGCCCUCCCCAGAGAAAGCAAAGGGAGUUUCUUUUCUCUUCCUCUUUCAUUCCCGGGGGAACGACAGCGGACGCGACAACAACGGAGUGGCACAACAAAGACGGAGGAAGGUUGUUCUUUCUUUCUUCUUUUCUUUCUUCGAACCAGGAUGGAGAGGGCACUAUGGGAAGCGUGUCUUCCCGGCUUGCGAUGCGCGGAGUGCAAGGAAGGGCAGGAUGGGUUCUGCCUAGGUACGUCGAUGCUGGGACUGAAGACGUUUGUGGUGGACUCUCGUCCGCCGGUAGAUGAGGCGCUGGAGGCGUCGGGGUUCAUAGCGCCAGGGAGUGGGCGUGCGCUGCGUCGCUUACUUGGUGAGACGGGGUCUUGUAUUGCAGGAUCUGUGGCGGGCCGGGUGUGCCUGCCCUCUGCGUCGGCAGGGAGGACGAUGACGAUUUUGGUCCCGGACGAGGAACGAGAUCGAGCUGGUCGAGCAGCUCUUGUGACUUACUUUGUGGACUCGCAGGGUUAUGCGAACGUGACGCCGGUCGUGAGCAAGGGAGUGCGUGGUGGUGUGAGCACUCUUUUCCGGCCGCCGACGAGGGAGGGGCAAGAUGGGUUCUGCGUGCAGGUAGCCGAGUACCCUGUAGGGGAGUCGCGUCUGGUGGACUGCCAGGUAUGUAUGAGUCGAAACACGCUGGAGUGUGUCUGUCUGUUUGGCAACAGGUUGGUGGUGCCUUUCCCCUUCAUCACGGUCGGACACGGCCGUGUGGUAGAGCGAGAUGGCUCGCAGCUCUGGAUGAGUCAUGGGAGGAGGGACGAGCACUUUUUUGCCUGUCAGCCUCGGGCUGUGUUUACGAUCUCGGAGGAGACGGACAGUAUGCGUGAGGGCCAGCUGUCUGGCUAUGUCUUGGAGGGGACUGAUCUUUGGGAGGAUUCCUCUUCGGAGCAGGAGUCCAUGCAGGGCCGUGAGGCCGAUGAUCGCUCGGAGCGUAGCGAGACGCUGGUGUCUUCCCCCUGACCAGCCAGUGCUGGCGGCUCACUUCAGAGGCGUGGUAGACCUUGCGGAGGUCUCUCGGUCGUGUGGUGUAGACGGGGUGUCUGCAGGAAGCAGUGCAUCAGACCAGCCGUGUGAUGGAGCGUAUAGAGUCAUGUAUGAUUGAAACGAACGGAGUGAAUGAAUAACCAGUUCAGUGAACAAACAAUGAAAUGAAUGCACCUUGGAACAAACAGGGUGGAAC